UACCUUGGGCACAAGUAGUCAUAAAAACAUCGUUCUGGUAACAGUGUUGUUUUCGUAAAGCUGCGAAAGUCAUCCCCUUAGGCAAAGCUAAUCCUACGCUACCCUCUUUCUCUUAUUUUCCCUGUGUAGAAAUUUAAAGCUCCAGACCGCAAAUCUUUGGUUCUUCACCGGGUCUUGGCUUUGAGGUGACGACGACUUCUCUUCCUGUAUUUAUCCGAAGGGAUAUUUAAAACAGUUAGUCAUUAAGCAUAAUUUACGAGUGAAGCUGACGUCCUAUUUCUAGCAAUUGGAUUCUGGACCUGGUGUUGGGCAUAGGCAUAGUUUUCAAAACGGGAAUCAUCCAGUGAUCUGCAAUGGAUGAUUGCAUGUCUCAAUGCUGCUCAAGUACAGUGGAGAAUCAUAAGAAAAGGGAUGAAAAAGUGAUUAUUAUGUCUGGGCUGAUUGAAGGUCUUCCCGACGCCGUUGCUCUUAGGUGCCUUGCACGGGUCCCUUUUUACCUGCAUCCUAAGUUGGAGCUUGUUUCUCGAUCCUGGCAAGCUGCAAUUCGCAGCUCUGAACUAUUUAAAGCUCGACAGGAGGUUGGUGCAACUGAGGAUCUAUUAUGUGUGUGCGCUUUUGACCCAGAAAAUUUAUGGCAGCUUUUUGACCCUCUUCACGACCUUUGGAUUACACUCCCAGUCCUCCCCUCCAAAAUUAGGCACCUUGCCCACUUUGGUGCUGUCUCCACUGCAGGAAAGCUGUUUGUGCUUGGUGGUGGCAGUGAUGCUGUUGACCCGUUGACUGGUGACCAAGAUGGGAGCUUUGCUACCAAUGAGGUAUGGUCAUAUGAUCUUGUAACUCGGCAGUGGUCUCCUCGUGCAUCUAUGCUUGUACCCCGUGUUAUGUUUGCAUGCUGCGUUCUGGAUGGAAAAAUAGUUGUUGCAGGUGGUUUUACCAACUGCCGAAAAUCAAUUUCUCAGGCAGAAAUGUAUGAUCCAGAGAAGGAUGUGUGGAUUCCAAUACCUGAUCUCCACUGCACCCAUAAUUCAGCCUGUUCCGGGGUAGUGAUGGGAGGAAAGGUGCACGUCUUGCACAAAGGCUUGUCCACAGUGCAAGUCUUGGAUAAUGCGGGGCAUGAGUGGACGGUUGAGGAUUCUGGCUGGCUUCAGGGUCCAAUGGCAAUUGUUAAGGGUGCACUGUAUGUGAUGAGUCAUGGAAUUAUUUUCAAACAGGAGGGAAACGUGAGUAAGGUGGUGGUUUCAGCGUCUGAGUUCCGGAGGAGAAUUGGGUUUGCAAUGAUUGGGCUAGGAGAUGAGCUUUAUGUUAUAGGGGGUGUUCUUGGCCCUGACCAAUGGAACUGGGACAUUGAACCAAUGUCUGAUGUUGAUGUUCUGACGUUGGGGAUUGAGAGACCAACUUGGCGUCGGGCUGCUCCGAUGACAAGAUGCCGUGGAACCAUUUUUGGGUGUACACAUCUAAGAAUUUAGUUCUAUAAAUUGUUCUGCCGUUUCUUGUGAAAAUUAUGCUCUUGCUGUGAAUUCAGACCCCUCCCCUUUUAGAAACAAUGAAUGAGCUAUCUUUGCUGUACCUCGUUUCAUUUGUAAGCCUCCAUAGCCUUCUUGGCCUUGGUUUUUUGUUGCUGCUUUGUAGUUUCCAGAGGAAGCAAAGUUUUAAGUUUCAUUC